GUGAUCAAACACACACGGAGACUUCGAAAACUCCGAGCAGCACACGGCGAAUGUGAACUCAGUAAGCUGCAGGUUGACUCAGUAAGAAGACGAAUGACGAAGGUGCUCCACGUACCCGUCUCAUACCGUGCGGUCUGGUGAGAGGGCAUCUCAGAACUUGGUAAUGGAAGACAGACCACUGCGGACUUUAUUCUGAGCGACAACAACCUUUGGGAGUUUUAACCCAUACAAAUGUUCUUUUAGACAGCAAGUGUUUCUUGUGAAUCGCUCGCAACAUACGGACACUUCGGCAGACGCUUGGAUUGUAUAUUUAUUUUCUUUCGUUUUAAGAUGGAACUCGAGGAGUGUAAAAUAUCCGUGUGGGUUUGCCGGGAGGAGAAGCUCGUGUCAGGUCUGACGAGGCGCACCACCUGCGCCGAUGUAGUCAAGGUGCUCCUGGAAGACCAGGACCAGCAGCAUGGCACCACUGCAGGAAUGUUGUCCGGACCCCCCCAGUCCUACUGCAUAGUCGAAAAAUGGAGGGGCUUUGAGAGGAUUUUACCCAACAAAACGAAGAUUCUACGCUUGUGGAGCGCCUGGGGGGACGAGCAGGAAAACGUCCGUUUUGUUUUAGUCAAAAACGAAGCUUCCUUACCCAACAACGGACCUCGUAGUGCUGAAGCCAGGGUCGUUCUCAGUAAAGAGAGCCCCUGCGUGUACAAAGGGACUGCCAGGGCGACAAUGGCUUUUUCCCAGGAAAAGCAACGCCGGAUAGUUAGGAAAGCUUUCCGAAAACUGCACAAGAUCAACAAAAAACGACAAGAGGCUCUAUCCAAGGACACUGCGUCAGUGGAAAAAAUGGAAACACUAGUGCACCUGGUGCUGUCGCAAGAUCACACCAUCCGGCAGCAAAUCCAGAGAAUACGCGAAUUGGACAGAGAAAUCGACAGGUAUGAAGCGAAGGUCCACUUUGACAGAAUGAAAAGACACGGCAUUAAUUACGUGCAGGACACGUACCUGGUGGAGCCGAGCAGCCCGGACGCUGACUGCAGGGGAAGCGCCGAGCUGCUGGACACCGCCGAGGCGUUUGCGCACUUUGAGGAGUACGCCAGGCGCUGCGAGGAGGUCAUCCGGCUGCAGGAGCAACUGGCCGAGCAGGAGGCGCUUAUGGAUAAAAUCACCGCCGAGAUUCAGGAGGAGCUGAACCAGAGGUGGAUGGUGCGCCGCCAGGAAGAACUUUCCUUCAAAGACGCGGAGCCCGAGUGCGCUGUCAGCGCCGACCCGGAGCCCGAACCCGAGAGCGAACUGAUCCUGGAGCAGGAGCGAGUUAAAACGCAGCUGGACACGAGUCUGUACAUUGGGCUGCGGCUCAAUUCGGACUUGGAAACGAUUAAAAGUGAUCUGGACCUAAGCCGGGAACUCUGGGAAGCUAAAGAACAAGAAUUAAACGACUUGCUAGAGCAGGUGAACUCAAUGGACAUCGAGCCGGACGGCCCCCCGCAGGAAAGCGGGACUGACUCCUAUAAAAGUAAUCCGGUAAUCGCAGAGACUGACAUCUUGCCCCCUUUAGACACAAACAGUGGCUGGGUGGAACAGGCAAGGGGGCUGUCUAAAAACUGCAGCGCCAACGACGAGGACUCGGACACAGGACUGAGCUCGAUGCAUAGCCAAGACUCGGACACCCCCGCCCCGGUCUUUGAAUCGUUGGUUUAGCAAGGGGGGGGCAUCCACGAUAACUCCACGUUCGGGGAGGAAGACGAAGGGCUUAACCCCGCACCUGUCCGACAAGGGGUACAAAUGGCGCAGGUGCUCGAGUUUACCCGCAGCUCAGGGAAGGUGCACUUAAAACACUGCGAGAACGUUACUUCGGUGCGGCCAAAAACACCCAAGUAUAAUUUAUUCAUGUUGUUUUUUUUACUAGAUGUCACUAGUAGUCAUUUUACGAGGGUGCUAUAAUUUGGGCAUCUUAAGUGUGCACUCGGUUUUUACGGCACAUAUGCAUAUAUGUUUAAAUAUAUCCUUUUACGUUUUGUCCAAUUUGGCCAAAUUUUUGUUUGUGCUGUCUGUUGACAAAGGUAACUGAGCACCUGACAACUUAUAAAUGAAUAAAUAAUGCAAAAUGAAAUACCUGCUUUCAAGUUUGACAUCCAUAAGAAAAAAAAUCAGUUUGUAAUUCUGCCUGCGUAUUAGACAACUUACUAACUUUAAGAUCUAAUAAUAAUCAUACAUUUUAUUUAUAUAGCGACUUUUCCAUGCUCAAGGCAUGGGCUGACUGAAACAAGUCAUUGUCGAGCACAUGUUAGAAAAGAUACAGGCUUCAUGUGAAACAUGUGAAAAGAGUGCACAGCCUAGUCUGGUGGUGUAACUAAAUGCAGCAAGUCAUUUUUGGGGCAGAACCGACCAGCCGUAUUCCGUUUCACUCGGUGAUCGGGUUUAUGAAAUGUCUUCCACAUGCUCUACGAUCAUUUGUUCUGUUUUAUUGAACAUACCACAUCAUAAAUAAGCUACUUUUAUAACCGGAUACUGUUUUCAUGUGAGCUUAAAUAAUCGAGGAAAAACUUGGUUGGAAGUGUGACAUGAAACGUCCAGCAUUUGAAACAUGUUGUUGUUUACAGUUCUGAGAUUUUGUAACUGGUUCAUUCACAUGAAUAAAAAGAAUAAAUUGCAA